AUGGCAAAUUUGAAACAAGCCCUCCAGCUGAUUAUUGUGCCACAUCGACCCGUGCAUACCAACGAGGAAAUUAAUCGAGACCUGGCUCCAGCCUUUGGCAUCUUGGAGAAAGCCAAAGGGCUGAAAGCACUAUGGAGGGGCAAGAAGCAUGAAGAUCGCCAUACGCAGGUUGCUCUGGUCUUAUGGGAGAGCCUUGCCGCAAGCCAUGCAUUCUUCACAAGCUCGGACUACACCGAAUUCCACAGAGUGAUUCAACCUGCUAUGAAUGGGAGGCGGAUAGAAUGGUUGAACCACGCUUUGAUCGAUACUACAGGCCUGGAUGAUAGGGCUCACUUGUCCCGAAGUCUGGCUUCACCGGCCAUCGAAGUGGCCUUGACCAAGGUCGUGGACGGCGGUGUAUCUGGAUACUAUUCGCAAUUUCGAAAGAUUGUAGUGCCGAUACUCAACGAAGACCCCGGUUGUGACGGUCACUUUAUCAGCCCGCUGAUCGACAACCCCCAAGACCAACUUCUCUUGAUCAACUGGAAAUCUGUCGAUGCCCAUCACGAAGAUUUUGAAAAGAAACCGACAUUCAAGGCGUGUAUCGACGGACUCAAGGACUACUACGCCGUCUUUGUUAUUCCCUGGCAUAUUACGGAGCUGAAGCUGGUUCAUGGUAGUCUGUAG